AUGGCCAUGCGCGGACGCAGUGGAAUUACCCUGCUUGUGAUUGUUGGCUGCUGCCUUCUGUGGAACAGCAGCCUGCUCGGCUUUGCAAGCCCCUCCAGCUGUGCUCAGCACCAGAGCUCCACGGCUCUGACGAGGUCCGCAGGAGCCCGGGCUCCGCUUAUUGCUGGAGUGAAUCCUUCCCGCGACCACUCAGCCGUGACCACCGCCGCCGUGGCCCCCAGCUUCUUCAGCAAGGUCUUCGCUGCCGGUGCUCAGGGUGCCACCGCUGCUUUCGUCGCCGCUAUUCUCUCCGCCAUGGCUGAGCCGCUGGUGAAUCGCCUGCUCGUCAAGCGAAUGACGGUUGGCGAGGCACUGAAGGAGAUGAACUUCAAGCUCAUGGCUAACUUCUUCUUGACCACAUUCCCGACCAACAUGCUGAAGUUCCCGAUUUUCGAGAUCAUCAACAUGGCCAUGUCUUUCACAGCCGUCAGCGCGGGCUUGAGCGGCACCAUCAGUGGGUUCCUGUUCUGCACCGCCAUGCUGCCUGUUACCAACUACCGCUUCCGCAAGAGCAUGGGAUGGGAGAUCAAGCCUGCCCUCCUUUACCAGGCCUACCUGCCCACGGUCGUCCGCGACAUUCUCUAUGGUUGGGCGCGCGGCUUCGUCGGUGUCGCCUUGGCUAAGGUGUUCCAGCCACAAACCUUCCUCCAGGAUGCCUUCGUGUUUGCGUUUGUGAUCUGGGCCGCUUGCAUCAUUUCCUCUCCCUGCAACGAGUGGCGCGGCUACACGCUGCAGCCCAAGGACAAGAAGCUCUCCUUCGGUGAGUACUUCAAGCCUGUCAAUUACGCUCGCUCCACGGGCAUCGGUGCUACGAUCAUGGGCAUCUCCCUGCUUCUCGACACUGUUAGCAAUCAGCCAAGCACUGGCGGUGCUUAG